UCCUGUUCAGAGAACAGGCAGCAGGGCGUUUGGUUCUAAAUAAUACGCGCUGGUAGAGAGAGCAGGGGAGGGGUUGGACCUUCAACAAACAUGGAAGGAAAGCUAAACUGGAUAUUGAAUGUCUAAAUAAACUGCCUUCUAUAGGAAAACAUCCGGCAAGGGUUUACCUGCUGGUGGGAGAAGGAAGGACUUAAAAAAAAAACCCGGAUAGCAACAAACUGUGACUGGUGCUCACUGGGACAACAUCUGAGGAGGACGUCUCUCUCUCCAGAGACCGUGAAGCUUCUGCAUUACGAGCCCCCCUUCACUUGUGAUUGUUAUUGCAUUUUGAAGCAUCCAGCUACAGCACGACCACAAGUACCGCAAUCAAGCAGCGGGCCAGUCAAUGUUUUACAGCUUCCUAAUGGCCACUGAUGUUUUAUUCUGAUAUAUGAUUCAGCCUUGAAGCCAUUACCACAUUUCAUAGCAGAUUUACAUCAGCUCUGCUGCAGCACUUUCAAUCCAAACUGUAGCUAGAGCAGGUCACAGUUGCCUCAUUAAUUACUGACGCACCGUAACAUCUUAUUGUAGUUCCGCACAUACAAACAGAGAGUGACAGCUGACCCUGCGGUGUACUCGCCGAGCUCAGGAUGGAGGAGCACAUUUAUGCGACGGGCAUGGCCGCCAAGCUGAGGAGCCAGUGGGAUCGCGACGAAGGCCUGGGACAGGUUCACAAGGCGGUGAAGUUUCUGGGUCAGGACUACGAGAAUCUGAAGGCCCAGUGCCUCCAGGGUCGGAAGAUGUUUGAGGAUAACUUGUUCUCUUGCUCUGCAUCGUCUCUGGGAUUCAACGAGCUCGGCCCGAAGUCCUCCAAGACCUCCGGAGUCCGCUGGAUGAGGCCCACGGAGUUUUGCAAGCGCCCCGAGUUCAUCGUAGAUGGAGCUACUCGCACAGACAUCUGUCAGGGAGCUCUGGGGGACUGCUGGCUGCUGGCAGCCAUCGCCUCGCUGACCUUAAACGAAAACCUCCUCCACCGAGUGGUUCCUCACGGACAGGGCUUCCAGCUGGGCUAUGCUGGCAUCUUUCACUUCCAGUUCUGGCAGUUUGGCGAGUGGGUGGAGGUGGUGAUCGAUGACCGGCUGCCGGUGAAGGACGGGAAGCUGCUGUUCGUCCACUCGGCAGAGGGGACCGAGUUCUGGAGCGCGCUGCUGGAGAAGGCCUACGCCAAGCUGAACGGCUGUUAUGAGGCCCUGUCAGGAGGCAGCACGUGCGAGGGCUUCGAGGAUUUUACAGGCGGCGUGACGGAGAUGUUCGAGCUGAAGAAAGCCCCCCCCGACCUCUACAGCAUCAUCAGCAGGGCCAUCGACAGAGGAUCCCUGCUGGGCUGCUCCAUAGACAUCACCAGCUCGACAGACAGGGAGGCGGUCACGUUCAAGAAGCUGGUGAAGGGCCACGCCUACUCUUUGACCGGCGUGGACGAGGUGGCGUACAGAGGGAAUAUGACCAAGCUGGUCCGCAUCAGGAACCCGUGGGGGGAAGUGGAGUGGACCGGAGCCUGGAGCGACAACUCCAGAGAGUGGGACAGUGUGGAUCGCUCCGUCAGAGGUCGGCUACAAAACCGCAGCGACGACGGUGAAUUCUGGAUGUCGUACAAAGACUUCCUGCGCGAGUUCACUCGCCUGGAGCUCUGCAACCUCACGGCCGACGCCUUGGAGAACAGCCAGCUGAAGAUGUGGAGCUCCUCGAUCUAUCAGGGAGAGUGGAGGAGGGGCAGCACUGCCGGAGGCUGCAGGAACUUCCCAGCAACCUUUUGGCUGAACCCUCAGUUCAAGAUUGUGCUGCAGCACCCGGACACUCCCGGCCAAUCAGAAUGCAGCUUCCUGGUUGGCCUCAUGCAGAAGGACCGCCGGAAGAAGCGGCACGAGGGCAAAGACAUGGAGACCAUCGGGUUUGCCCUCUAUGAGGUUCCAGAUGAGUUUGCGGGCAGGUCAGGCGUCCACCUGAAGAGAGACUUCUUCCUCACCCACGGCUCCAGCGCUCGCUCGGAGCUCUUCAUCAACCUGAGGGAGGUCAGCUCGCGGUUGCGGCUGCCGGCCGGGGAAUACAUCAUCGUCCCCUCCACCUACGAGGCGCACAAAGAGGCCGACUUUGUCCUCAGAGUUUUCUCCGAGAAGCCCGCCGACUCAGAGGAGCUCGAUGACGACGUUACAGCAGAGCUUCCAGUAGAGACCGAGCUGGACGAGAGCCAGAUCGACGCCGCCUUCAAAAAUCUCUUCAGACAGCUGGCAGGGCCGGACAUGGAGAUCAGCCUCACAGAGCUGCAGACCAUACUGAACAGGAUCAUCAGCAAACAUAAAGACCUGAAGACGGACGGCUUCACAAAAGAAGCUUGUCGCAGUAUGAUAAGCCUCAUGGACACGGACGGCAGCGGAAAGUUGGGCCUGACGGAGUUCCACGUCCUCUGGGAAAAGGUUAAACGCUACCUGACCAUAUUCAGGCAGUUUGACUUGGACAAAUCGGGCACCAUGAGCUCCUAUGAGAUGAGGAUGGCUCUUGAAUCUGCGGGUUUCAAGCUGACCAACCAACUGUUCCAGCUGAUCAUCCUGCGCUACACGGAGGCCGACAUGGCUGUCGACUUCGACAACUUUGUCACCUGUCUGGUCCGGCUGGAGACCAUGUUCAAAACCUUCCACACCAUGGACACGGAUAAAGACGGUUUCAUGUCUCUCAACUUCCAUCAGUGGAUCACCCUGACCAUGUUUGCCUAGGGAUGAGCGGACCCCUCUGUAAAUGUCGCACAGCGUCCCACUGCAGCUCCAGGCCCAGUAUGUGUUGUUUCGGAAGUGCCUUCUUUCUCCGCCAGUUCCUUCCUCUCGCCGCCGAGGUCCUCUGACGCUACAAGACUGUAAAUCUCGUCUAUAUGGUGCCUACAUUUUAAAACAUGUGCCAAUGCUUUGUGUUUAAUUUCUUUUUUUCCAACAGAGGGACGCUCACUUCUCGUAGCCUGGCGGUCUUUUAGUGUUUUAUUUAAAAAAAAAAAUUUUUUAGCUAUACAAAUAUUUGUUUGAGGCAGCGAUACCCUCGGGGCAGAAAUAAACUUAUUUUUUAAAUUUCAGUCGGUGGAGACAAAAAAAAUCCCCAAUUUUUGUAGUCAGCAAAAAACAAAAAUAAUAUAAUUUUAUUAAAGUUAUCUUAGCUGUCAUUGUAGGGGACCAAACCUAGUUUAAUAAGAAAGUAAAUGAAUGGGUUAAGAAUCCAAAUACAUUAAUGAAUUGCCUAAUAAACAAUAUAUUAAUAAACACAUGAAACGCAUUGAUAAAUUGAGGUGAAAAAUGUGUUUUAAUUACGCAUUCGUUCUUUUCCUUUAGCAGGAUUUAGAGCCAGUGUUCGGUUUGUCCGUUCUGGGCUACCGUAGCAAUGUGGCGGACGGCUCCGUAAUAGUAAUAUAAACGGCUCAUUCUAGGGUGACGAAAACACAACGAUUGCUAUUUUCAGGCGAUUGCACACUAAAAAAAAAACAUACUUAAUAAUGUCAUAUUCCAUUUCUGCUAAUAGAUCCCAUUAAAUGCUGCACACUGUUCCUUUUAACUGGUGGUUAUGUUUUGAAAAUGAGCAAUCACCAAUACUCUACUUAAUGAUUUACACAUAGUGAGCACUAAGGAUAGCUACAUUCAUCCUCAGAGGGGAAAAAUAAUACAUUUUGACAGAUUUUUUGAUGAAAUCAAUUCAUUGAUAAGCGAAAACAAUCCUGUGGGCGCGUCCACCAAGAGUUAAUGUACUUGAGGACAAUCAAUGCUCUUCUCAGUAAAGGUUUGAAGCCUGCUGUCGGCUUUCACGGCCUUGGGUGCCAGAUGUGGUCGAUGUGGAGCUUGCUCUUGAACGCCACACAUUCAGCGCAUAAAGAAUACGCGGAAUAUGUAUCUCUACUCUGCCUUUUAUUUGCCUUGCCGGGCACUUUCUGUUUACAUCUCAUGCCAAACUUUGCUUUCACGUCGGCAUCAAGAGUCCACUCACGAAGCUUCACUGGGCCGUGCGGUGCGCAGACGACGGUGUCGCGCUGUAUCGUAGAGAAUGUGUUGAGUUACGUUUCUUUUAAUCCUCUUUAGCUUAUCAUUAUGCAUGACUGUUUUUUUGCAAAAUAUGACAAAAGAAUAAUUUUAUAAUAUGGUUUGAAAUGGAUGUCAUAUUGGGUUUAAAUAAAAGGGAUACAUCAGCCUUGUUUAAUGUCGCCAAUACUUUAGGUGAAGGAAAACUAUUAUGCAAGAUGGAUGGAUAUGUUGUGAGCAUGCAGUGUGAAAUGUGAUAUAUUGUCUGCCUGCCUGAUUUCUGUUCAACCACGGGAGCAAGUGUUUUUAUUUUUUAUUCGAAGAGUUGUGUUGCAAAAUAACGUGUCGCCUUUGGAGGGGGGAAAAGGGGAGGAUCCACAUGUGAACUGUUAUCAUUUUACUUAUCAAAGUGUUUUCGAAUGCCAAAAUAGUUUGUUCUGCCAAUUAUUUUUGUGUUUUUGUAAAUGGAGAAAAUUAAUUGGAAACAUUGAAUCAAAAGAAGCGACAGCCCGAACCCUCACAUUGAUGUAUUAGUCUGACAAUGCCAGCAUUCAUGUCUUCAGUUUGUGCAGCAUAAUGCUUUCGUAACAUUACCAAAUGUUUACAAUGGUCACAUUCAGGGUCCCCUCGGAUCUCUACUGUGUAGCAUCUCUGUAAAACUCCAAUACUUUGCAAAUAAACACAGGGAUAUUUCA